GCGCGCGUCCGUAUCCGCGUGCGCUCGCGUGUUCCUGAAUGUCGCGCAUCCGCGGAUGGUGGCUCGAGGAGGAAGAGCGUGUUUACACAGACGGGCCGAAAGCCUGGGGAAUAGCGCACGGCGAGAGGAAGUGAGCCGGCUCGCUGUCUGCAUGCACCAACUUCCUGCUCAGAGAGAGAGAGAGAGAGAGAGAGAGAGAGAGAGAGAGAGAGAGAGAGAGAGAGAGAGAGAGAGAGAAAACAGUCAGGAUCCCAUUACAGUCCGACUGAGAGCUGACGAGACGGCCGACAGCAUGGAAAAACAGCGCAUUAUACGGAAUUCGUGGUAAAAAAAAAAGUGAAUAAGGACCCAGAAAGCCUCACCGUUACGCACAGAUAUGGAGAGUGCCAUCACACUGUGGCAGUUCCUGCUGCAGCUACUGCUAGACCAAAGCCAUAAGCACCUGAUUUGCUGGACGUCCAAUGAUGGCGAGUUCAAACUGCUCAAGUCCGAAGAAGUGGCCAAACUCUGGGGCCUGCGCAAGAACAAGACUAACAUGAAUUACGACAAACUUAGCAGAGCACUACGCUACUACUACGACAAGAAUAUCAUCAAGAAGGUGAUCGGCCAGAAGUUUGUUUAUAAGUUUGUUUCGUUCCCUGACAUUCUGAAAAUGGACCCUCAGGCUGUUGAGCUCGGUCGGGAAGGUGCUCAUGUUAUGUUGCAGGAGGUGGAGUCCGAUUGCGGUGAGGGGGAGGAGUCUCCGAAACUAUCCUUGUCGUCACUGAGAAGCCCCGCCUGUAGGAACGAGUAUCUUCACUCGGGUCUCUACUCAUCGUUCACCGUCAGCUCCCUCCAAAGCCCGCCUCCGCUGCUGCGUCCAAUCAAAGUGGAGAAACAGAGAGCAGAGGAGGGACCGACAGUGAUUCGGUUCGUCAAUCGAACGGACAAGAUCGUUCCCCACGACUCGUCACCUCCACCCGUUUCCUCUGAUGUCUUCUUCACAUCCAAAUCCUCUCCCUGCUCUUCCCGUAGCCCCUCCCCCUCUCAUAGUCCCGUCUACACGCUGCGGCCGGGGCGGAGCCCAGAAGCUCAUAUAGACGAAUCGGAGCAGAGCGUUCAGCCUCUGAACUUAUCGUCCAGCCACAGGGAGCGAGCUCAGAAUCAGGCCACGCCCCCCGAGAGGAGGACCAGUAGCAAUGGAUUUCCUCCCAAAGGCCGGAAACCCAAAGGGCUGGAAAUCUCCGCCCCUUCCAUACUGCUUUCAGGAAGUGACUUGGGCUCCAUCGCCCUCAAUAGCCCAGCACUACCCUCAGGGUCACUUACACCAGCAUUUUUCACUGCACAGACUCCUUCGGGUCUGCUGUUGACUCCCAGUCCUCUCCUGUCCUCCAUUCAUUUCUGGAGCAGUCUGAGUCCUGUAGCACCUCUGAGUCCCGCAAGACUCCAGGGCCACAGCUCACUCUUUCAGUUCCCCUCCCUGUUGAACGGACCCCUUCCGGUUCCUCUUCCAAAUCUGGACAGAUCUUCACCGCCAUCAUCUCUUCUCCUGUCCUCAAGCACUCAGAAAUCCUGAUUCAUGGACAGUUUUGUAUCCCUAGUUAUACUCUUACACUAAAAUAUUGAAAAGGGAAUUAUGGACCCUGAUUUAUUUUGAGCCAGACUGCACUUCGCCCCCUUGUGGUCAUCUACAACUACAGCACCCUUCGAGUUUGAUUUAGAAACUGUUGAUGGACCAGCAAACUUUUUGUUUUUUAACUCUGCGAUCCAAACUUUCUUAAAUAGAGAUUGUUAUGACAACAUGCCAAAGAACAUGAAGUAUCCUUUUAGGAGACGGUGAGUCAUUGGAAAUGCAGCCUUAGGAUCUACAGCCUCAUUUUAUUGUACACAUUAAAGCCUUGCUUUCAGGAAAUGUACUUUUGAAUGUCUCAAACAUGGACAGGCUGGACAAACUAGCACAUUCAAGCAAAGCUUCUCUUCUGUGCACCCCAAACGUUUUUAAUAUCUAACGUUUUAGGUGCUCAUAUAAUACACACUUGACGUUUCCAUACGCAGAAGUUCAACACAUUAGCAUUACAUUGUUUUUUUUAAUCUUUCUGAGGCUGUGAACUGGGUUUCUGUUUGUUUGUUUGUCUGGUAUUGUAUUGUAUAAUGUUGCAUUGUAUGCACUGUGCUUCAGAUGUAUUGCCGGCUGUGCCUUUUUUGUGUAAGGAUUGUGUAUUUGUAUUAUUUUCCUGCUUUAAAAUGUUUUGUAAUAGACGAAAUUCCAUUUCAUAUCGGAAAGAAAAGCUUUGUAAUAGCUUGUUAUUUUUUCAAUAAGGAUUUGAUUUUUAAAAAAAUGUAUUCUCCUAUUAAUUUUAUAUUAUUUUUGCUUUCUAAGAGUAAAGAAAAUGUGCCUUGUGUUUUUAAAUAAAGCAUUGAAUGCGA